AUGUCCUCCCGCUACGUCGAAGACCGAGACUACCACCGCAGCACCACUGACUCCCGCCGAAGAGCAGACCGCGAUCCUCGGGAGCGGGUUGAUUCUACCAGAGACAGAAGAAUAGACGAUCGUCCGCUCGAUCGAAGUCGAGAUACUCAUAUGACAGAUGCCAUGGACAUUGCAAUUGACCGCCGUGUGGACCCUCGUCUUGAUCCCAGAAUGGACCCCCGGAUUGAUAUCGGGAGAGAUACUGCAAGAGCCAACACUGCCAGCCGCAUUGAUCCUCCGCGGCCUGAUCGUAUGGUUGACAGUCGUAGCGCUGAACCCAUUGAGAAGUAUGUUCAAGACCCAACAACCGGACAGCUGUACCGUCAAGUUCCCGCAAGGGCUCCCUAUACUCGUGGCGACGACCGUGACUAUAUUGAUCCUCCACUGCCAAGAAGCCGGACAGCCGUGGACCCUCCAGCCUCAAGAAGCCGGACAGCCGUGGACACACCCAUGAGAGAUGAUCGCAUUCGUGAUGAACCCAGGACAGCCCUUGGAGAUUACUGGUGUCCGGGAGAGGGCAUAGAACGAGAAGUCCUUCAACACGAGAUUUGCAAGUUUCUUGGACAGGAUGCCACGUGUCGCCCCGGUCAAGAUUCUCGAGGACGUCCCGGAUUUUGGGUCAGGGCUUAUCGUCCAUUCACAACGGCAAUGGAGCAAACCCUGCGCGAAGAGUCUGAGCGAUGGUUGCGUGAGAAAGAGAGAAGACGUCGACACGGCGAACCGCGAGGUAUGCCUCCAUCCGACUCAUCCAAGAUUUGGUCUAAGAGUGGCACAGGUUCAUACGAGCAGCUGGCACAACAGGAAACACAAACAGCACGUCGCUACCCAGGAGAUAUGGACCUUGAUGACGAUGAUUACCGGCAACCUCCCCCCAUACGGCAUCGUGACCCACGCGAUCCCCGUGACCCUCGUGACCGUGACAUGGAGCCUCCCCGUCCCGUGGCUAGUGGCCGCAUUCCUGUCAGUACUGGCUAUCCCCCGGAGCCCGGUUAUCCUGCCCAAUAUACCAUUUCUUCACAGCAGCCGGGAUACCCUACAGGCCAAUCCCAAUAUUAUGGAACGGAGAGAGAGCCCCGGACUUUCAAUAGCGGCAACACGACGCCUCCUUCAGCCAUCAGCCGAGCCUCACAAUCCGGAGGCUACGGGCAGCCCGGAUAUUCGUCGAGGUCGGCACCGCCGGUGUCUCAGUCAAUCCCAGCUCCUUAUGACCCAAGGUCGAGAGAUAUUAUGAGUGGUGCAUAUUCCUCUGGUUACUCUGAAUCACGCCCCAGGAGGUGA